AUGGCUGCGAAGCCGCCAGCGAAAGGUUACUGGCAAGCACUCCCAGAGUUCAUUCAGGCCCUGGUUGCAGACUCAUUCCACAACUUCGUCUUCACUGGACCACCGAAUCAAACGAUCGACAGGCCCAUACCGGUCUCAACAGACAACACAAGAUGGGUUCCAGUACCACGCGCCUCAACCAAAAAGGGCUUUGCGGAAGGUUCUGAAGGUUUGAUCAACCUCUGGUGUCUUGUCGACAGUGACGACAAGAUAAUAGACAGGAUCAUCAUCAAGCAAAUCCAUCCAGGCUGUCAACGCUACGAAGAUUCUUCAAACUGGAAAGACGGAAAUGUUGGUGGAGAGCCCAGGGAGUGUGCCAUGGCCAAUUCUGUCUGGUCCGCCCUAGCUACCGACAACAGAAAGCACGUACUCGAGUGUCUGGGAUAUGGGGAUUGCAAAGGGGAGCCACGAUGGAGAUACAGACUUUACUUCGAGUUCAGCGAGCAUGAAGACCUUUCUAGAAUGAUUGAAGCCCAAAGAGAAGGCCAAAGCAGUACUGGACAAAAGAGAAAAGCCGAUGAUGGUGACACUAUAUUCCCAGAAGCUUUCCUGUGGUAUCUACUCGAAUCUCUGGCUAAAGUUGUCGUAGCCAUGGACCAAGCUGGUGAUAAAGGUGGCGUCCUCCAUGGUCCAGUAUUCUUCAGUGCACCAGAUUCAAAGAGAUUUAGCUUGUACCCAAUACCAAAGGUGGCAGAUUUCGGGAGCUCGCGUAACCUCGGCGACUCAGGAGUCAGAGAUCGAUCCGACGUUGUCAGGAGAGAUGCAUGCUGCAUGCUGUUUGCGCCGCCGGAGCUGGCCAGGAUCAACGACGGGGUGACGUGGGAGGUCAAGGAUGGAUCAAGUGCCACGCUCAGCAACAAAACCAACGUUUGGCAGGUCGGAAUGCUUCUUGCUUGCUGCAUGAGGUUGAGACCAUAUCUACCAGAAACCGAUUGGCGCGAUGUACCUCAGAUGCAUUGGGAGACGCCCGAGAAAGAGCAAUUGCGGUUUAGCAAGAAGAGAGGCAGGCCAGAAUUGAGUCGCAAGCAGCUGUGUCACGAGAACUCCAAGUACAACUCGGUGCUAAUCAACAUCGUAAAGCUUUGUCUGCACUUUGAUCCAGUUAAGAGGCCAUCACCGAGUUCUUUGCUGAGAGGAGUGCAAAAAUACAUGAAAGACGCAGUCGCUGGUGUUGAGAACUAUCAGUCGGUUGAAGGAGAAGCCGAUGACGAUAUACAGCCGUACAAGCUCCUCAAGAAGAAGGACGACAGAUACAAGAUUGGCAAACAGUUCGACUAG